AAUGGUGUGUUGUGAAUGAGUUGUGCAUUAGGCGAGACGACCUCUUUUCGGCGUUCGAAACGUCGAUAAAACUCGUGCAUUUCUUGUGUUGUAGUCUGCGUUGUUACAACACACCUAGCACUUGCGCAGCACCCUUAAUUUUCCUUCUGUUUGAUGCUUUUUUGGUUUCUUAUUUGUACAUAAUAUUAACCAUUAAUUACGCUGUAAAUAUACGUAAAUCUUUUCAGUUGUUGAUCUGUUAUUAUGGUUAGAAUUUUUUAACUAAAAUAAUUGUCAUCGGGCUUUGUAUAAUACAACAAAAAGUAUAGGUAUUUUGAGUGGCGAAUCACGUAAUUUUUGUCAUUUGGUGGUGUUUUUGCAUGCUGGGGAUGGUUUUUGGUCGACGAGGAUGAGGAAUGGUAUGAGGUUCCUCAAGCACGACGACGAUGAGUGAAGCUAGACGUGCUCGUCUUCUCAAAGCUCGUCUCGGCCAACCGUCUGUAAGCGUGGCCGAUUGGGAAAAGCAAAGCCAACUGUUGUCCAAGUGGAACAACGAGGUCUGCAGUGGGGAAACAGUUCCAGAAGUUGAAAUCAUUAGCUUACUCGAGGAACAAAUCCCCAGGUAUAAGCUGCGUGCGGACACCCUCACAAAAUUUGGCGGCUACGAAAAUCAAGAUUGGUUCAUCCCAACUCCUGCAUUACAAGUCGAGGACAUUGAUCUAAAGCUAUCUCCGGAUCAAAUCCGGGAAACUUUGAACUAUUUUCUUCUAUGCAGUAACCGUGUAAGCCAAAUGACAAAGACUUACGAUGACAUAGAAGCAGUCACAAGGCUUCUUGAAGAGAAAGAAAAAGAUUUGGAAUUAACUGCGCGUAUUGGUAAAGAAUUAUUGCAACAGAAUACAAAACUCGAAAAAACUGUAGAAACUUUAGAAGCGGACUUGAAAUCGGCAAAUGAAAAAAUAACACAGCUCAGCCAUGAAAUCGUUAAAAAAACCGAACUCAUUCAGAUCCUUACUAACGACAUGGAUGAAUCAUGUCUGGAAAAUGGAAUGGCAAUUGGGAAGAUAAAUUUGGAUCUAUUGCAGAAAAGGAUAGGAUCCUUAGAAGAUGAAAACAAAGCACUGAAGAGCGAAUACUGUCGUUUAGCAGACGAUACAGACGACAUUGAAGCAAGGGAGAGACAGCUAGUGAACGAUAUUACGGGACAGCUAGCCUGCGCAAACUCCAGUAUGACUCUACUGGAAGAUGAACUGGAUCGUCAAAAAGACGAGAAUCGUCAACAGCACGAACAAAUUUUGGCGUUGACGGCCAAACUUGAGGACACCGAAAUGCGUUUGCACAAAAUAAUGACCGAACAUGAAGAAGCCACUACUCUACUGCAAUUAACUCGAGACACUCAGAACAGUUUGGCCCUGGAACUGGCCGAUUUCAAGUCUCGUUACCUGGAAGUCGAAGCACUUCUUCGUGAAACUCAAGAACAAUUAAAAAAAGCCAGAAGGCGAUACAUGCCAUCAGUGAGAAGCUCUUUCUUCCCUUCGUUGGGCUCCACAAACCAAUCUGUACCAUUCGAUAGUUUACAAAGUGAACUGGAGAUGUCGAUGCAUUCAGAACUUAGUGCAGAUUCCGGCUUUUCGUCUGGAGAGCCAGUACCAUACUUUAAAAAAGUUUUUGAAACGGUUCGAUGCGCUUCACAAAACUCCAUGAGCAGUGCCGAUAGUAUGAGUAAUUACAGUAUGAUGGGUGUAGGGGGUUGUGUUACGUCGAGUGGAGGGGCGCGUAUGAGUGUGAAACCCCAGGAUCCACUUAGACGAUCUUCGGGAUCUAUUUAUAGCAGUAGUUCCUUAGGCUAUCCCAGUUUGGACUCCACUGGACAGUCUGAUAACGAAUAUGGCAGUCAGACUGACUCUGAAGAAUGUUAUCCAGGGCCACCACAGAAAGGAGUUCCUGGUGUUCCCGGUGCAACCGAACUGGAAGCUGCUUUAAAACGACUUACCCCCGCUGAAGUGGCUGCCAGAAGGAUCAAUCUCCAACAUGGAACUGCAUUUAGUGGUUACGAGAGCGAUCCUUGCCUUCCUUACGGCUGUCGUACUCCUGACAGCCUUAUGUCUACAGGCUCUGGUAACUACCACGGAUGGAGGUUGCCCGAGAAACUACAGAUAGUCAAACCUAUGGAGGGCUCGCUUACGUUGCACCAAUGGUCGCAACUGGCCCAGCCCACAUUCAGUGGCCUUCUCGAAGAAAGACCAGGAGUUAAAAUUAGGGGAGGAAAAGAAUUGGAAGACAUGGGAGUGGAGUCGUAUGUUUUAAGUGAUUUGGAGGAAGAUGAAGAGUACUCUAAUCCUGGCAAAGGGUUCGAAUCAUCCGCACCUAUUUACACCCUUACCAAUAGUACUGUUAUGCAUCCUGAUGACGGUACUUUUGUAACCCCAAGUGAGCGUGGCAGUCGUAUGACUUCGGUAUGUUCGAGUAUACAAAAUUCACCCCCACAAACCCCUCUGGUGCGGAGCAGAAGAAAUUCAACGUCAACAUUCUCCACCACCCUGGGACUUGCCAAAAUGCUCAACGAAAGGGGAAUCAAGGCUGUGACCCCGUCGGCUGUGGCGACACCUUGUGGGCCAAAUAGCUUUACGCCGACCGCGACCCCUUGCAAUAGUCCUGAUGGGUCCCCUUUGCGCAGCGGGUCACCUGAACCCGACGCCGAACAUUUCAGUAUUCCGCAACUCAUCUUUAGCUCAGUUCCUGCUUUUCUUCAACAGACCGUCGGCGGUGGUGCCAUCAAAAAGACUUCCUUAUCCAAAAGGAGACUUUCCAAGUCGGGAACGAAUGAGGGAUUGGUUGGUAGAAUUGAAAGAAUAGGAAUAAGUAAUUUAAUGGGUGCUCCGAACGCAUUAUCCAUUUCUGCAGCCAUGUAUGCCAGACCUGCCCUUACCAGUCCUAUGGCCCAAUUGACCUGUUUAUUACCAAGCAAUAACCCCGUACAAAAAGAAAAAGAAGCGCUUAAAAAUGAGGACGUUCAUCCUCAGACAUCAGCAAAACCCCCAACUGGUCUAGGCGUUCCUGCCAAGCCUGGAAGUGGAGCUUUAAAUAGCAGAUUAGAACAGUUAAAUAGUAGAAGACAGAGAAGACAAGGCACCGUGGGGAUGACAAGGCCGGAUUUGGGAACUGUGACAACUAAUAAAAAACCAGCACAAACAGAGCAGUCUUUUGUGGGCACACUAAGUUCAUUGUUGUUUGGAAGAAAGGGGGGAUUAUUCUAAACUAAAAUAUGUCGUAUUUUCAGAAUAUUUAUUGUUGCAUUUUCUAGUUUUCCUCAUGUUGAUUUGGUCGUGUAUUCAAACUUUUAGCUAAAGGCUAUGACGAGCAUUUUUUGUUAUUUUUAUACAAUAACAAAAUAAUUACUCACCAAAGGUCUUUUUUGCGGUAUAUAAUGAACAGGUCUAUUUCAGUCUUUGGUUAUGCUUCCUUUGUCUUUGUCCGGAUUUUUUUCGCAAUUUUAUUAUAAUUUGUUUAAGCCUUUACUCUUUCCUCCCUUAAUUUUAUUUUAAUUUUACGGCAAAUUGUAUAUAAUUUUUAAGUUUAUUGCAACGAAUUGUUUGAUAUCAGUCAGUUUGUUACGUAAUUAAGUAAGAAAAUAAAUGAACUGUAGCAGUCCUCCACUUAGAGAAAAAGCAUUUGUUCAUUAUGCACAUUUUUAAAAGAACUGUUGUAAAUAUGUCGAAAAUUGGAAAUGUCUGUGCAUUUAUUUCACUGUGAGUGAAAAUAAAAUCAUUUUCUGGUGAUUAGAGAGUGCCAUGUAUCAUUGAAACAAAAUUUCUUUGUGAUUAAUAGUUUUGAAUUUGUAGUCAUUUUCAGAUAAAUGCCUAAAAUGCGCAGACAUAUUUAAAUAAUAAUUACGUAUCGAGCCUCUUGUUAGGCACCUCAUUUACAUAAUUACAAUUAUAUCGUAGGUGUACAGUAUUUAUUUAUAGGUGAAGGUGGUGCUGUGUUAUGAAUAAUUAACUGAUUGAUCCUGGCUUUAUUUCCAAUAUCGAAGAUUAUUCUUCGUGACAUUUAGCUAACAUCUACUUCCCAAUUAUUAGUGAUAUUUAGAUCUUAGUUAUUUUGUAGUCUUUUAAUU